GGGCCGUCCAGGGCGGGGCCUCGGGCGGCUGGGCCCGGCGGCCUCUGCGUCCCGGUGUCCGGCUCCAGGGACCCGGCCGUCCGCUCGCGGCUCCGCUGCCCCGACCUCGGCGCCCGGGCCCCGCGCACCCCCGUUUCCGGGCCCUGCCCCGCGCCCCGCGGUUCCCCUUCGGCCGCUCCGGCCCCCACGGUCGGCUCCGGGGCGGGGACUGGGCCGCGCGUCACCCGGCCGCGCCGCGGCACCCUCCCCCGAUCGGGGAACGCCGGGCGCCGGCCCCGUUGGUGGAACGCUGGGCGCGGGCCCCGUUGGUGGAACGCUGGGCGCGGGCCCCGUUGGGGAAGCGCUGCGCGCGGGUCCCCUUAGUGGAACGCUCGGCGCGGGCCCCGGUACCGGGAACGCUGGGCGCGGGUCCCCUUAGUGGAACGCAGGGCGCGGGCCCGGGUACGGGGAACGCUGGGCGCGGGUCCCCUUAGUGGAACGCUCGGCGCGGGCCCCGGUACCGGGAACGCUGGGCGCGGGUCCCCUUAGUAGAACGCUGGGCGCGGGCCCCGGUACCGGGAACGCUGGGCGCGGAUCCCCGUCCGGGGAACGCUCGGCGCGGCCGGGAGCGCGGCCACAUGCCGCAGCGUGAGCGGGGGACAGCCAGGCUCGGCCGCGGCGGGCCCCCGCGAGGAUGGGGACGCCGUGGCGCGUGUGGGUCCGGGCGUGGUCGUGGCGCCUGAGGCGCGCGGGGCUCCGCGGGGAGCUGUUGUGCACGGCGCCGGGGUUGGCGGGGCGCGCCCGCCGGGACCGGCUCUGUUGGCUGCUGGUGGGCGCCUUCCCCAGACUCCUCUCGGCCCCCGGGGAGCCCGCGGAGGCGGGUCGGGGGCGCCCGGGCCCGCAGAGCUGGGGCGAGCCGGCCGGGCGGGGGCCGUCGGGGCGUAGCUCCCCCGAGCCGUGGCCGGGCUCCCUGCUGCGCUACCUCCGGAUCGGGCUGCGCGCCGCCAGCCUCCUGCUGAGGUUCUUCCCGCUCGUCGCCCUCUACCCCCUCACCUACCUGGCGCCCGGCGCCACGGGCCUCUGGCUCCAUCUGCUCCUCAAGGCCACGGAGGCCGCGGGCCCCACCUACAUCAAACUGGGCCAGUGGGCCAGCACGCGGCGGGACGUGUUCUCUGAGGCCUUCUGCGCGCGCUUCUCCAGGCUGCACGUGCGUGUCACCCCGCACCCCUGGGCGCACACCGAGCUCUUCCUGCGCCAGGCCUUCGGGGACGACUGGGGGAAGGUGCUCCACUUCUCCCAGCGGGAGCCCGUGGGCUCGGGCUGCGUGGCCCAGGUGUACAAGGCGCACGCGGACCCCGGCUUCCUGGAACAGAAACUCCCCGGCCCGAGCCCCUGGGACCCGGCGGGAAGCCUGGCCGACCAGUCAUUAGUAGAAAGACUGCUCCUGCCGCGGACUGCGCCGCUCCCACCCAAUGCAGUUACAUCGCAGCCCCCGGAGCCGGCCCACCUGCCUGGGCAAGCCCACCUCAUCCCCGUGGCAGUGAAAGUGCUGCACCCGGGCCUGAUCUCCCAGGUGCAGAUGGACCUGCAGCUGAUGAAGAUGGGCAGCCGGCUGUUGGGCCUUCUGCCCGGAGUCCAGUGGCUCAGCUUGCCUGAGAUCGUGGAAGAGUUCGAGAAGCUCAUGGUCCAGCAGAUUGACCUGCGUUACGAGGCUCGGAAUCUCGAACACUUCCAGUGCAACUUCCUGAAUGUGAAUUCCGUCAAGUUCCCCACCCCUCUGCGGCCCUUUGUCACCAGGGAGGUCUUGGUGGAGACUUACGAGGAGAGUGUGCCCGUGUCCAGCUUCCAGCAGGCCGGGACCCCAGUGCCCGUCAAGAGGAAGAUUGCACGGCUGGGCAUCAACAUGCUGCUGAAGAUGAUAUUUGUGGACAACUUCGUGCACGCCGACCUCCACCCGGGGAACAUCCUGGUACAGGGCGCCGAGGGCUCUCCCGAGGGCCAGGGGCCCCCGCUGCCACCUGCUGCUGCCCCACACCCACUGCGUCUCGUGCUGCUGGAUGCGGGCAUCGUGGCCGAGCUGCAGGCCGCUGACCUGAGCAACUUCCGGGCCGUCUUCACGGCCGUGGCCUUGGGCCAGGGUCAGCGGGUGGCCGAGCUCAUCCUGCAUCACGCCCGGGCCAGCGAGUGCAAGGACGUGGAGGCCUUCAAGGCGGAGAUGGCCAGGCUGGUGACGCAGGCCCGGGAGAAGACCAUCACCCUGGAGAAGCUCCAGGUCUCCAGCCUCCUGUCCAGUGUCUUCAAGCUGCUGAUGACUCACAAGGUCAAAAGCAGCAAGCAAGGGCCGGCAAGAGUAACAUACAGGUUCAGGGCCCUGCCUCGCAAGCAAGCAUGUGGUCACGAGUUCAGCCGCAGGGUACUACAAGUUCACCCCCUGGGCAUCACGUGUGCCAAGCGUGAUCCUGGCAGAGAUCCUGCGUGCGGUGCAGAGCCGACAGGCAAUUCCCUGCUGCGAUGCCGCCUGGAGCACGUAAGCGCCGCAGAAAGGGUUGUGCAAGCCUGGCCCCGGCCUGCAGCGGCCCCGAGCACGACCACCACGACCUGCAAACCACGGCUGCGACCGCACACAAAGCAGCCCCCAGCCGGCUGACGGAAAGCAGCUGAGUGCGCAGCCCAGGUGAUAACGCCAGCUUGCCAGCCCAC